CAGCCAAUAGUAAGCGACCAUCACUGAUUGAAUUUAUGCAGAAAGUAGCAAUGGUUCUUUAUUGAUCGCCAUUAAUGCUUGACCUUUGAGUUUUCGUCUUUCUGGAGCCUUCCUUCCGUCCUUCAAUGGCUGCGACGGUUCUUCAGAUGCUUUUCUUUGUUCUAAAGCAACUAAGCUCCACCUAAAUCACGAAUCUCUCAACGCUCUGAAAGUGGAGAAACAAACAACUCGUUUGCUCUACUUUUUCAAUCUCCAAGCGUUUCAAUGAAAAUAACAUGUGGAAAUUUUGAGAAGUUUGGUCUUACUAAGGUGGAUGGUAGAAGUUGAAAUUUCUUCCAAGAUUACGUGGUUCUGUUCUUUCUCUUUCUCUGGUUAGGGUUUUUAGUGCGUUGUCAUUGCUGGAAUCUCUGCUCUGCAGCUUGCGAUUGAGGUUGCUUUCUCCUGUUUCUUCGAUUGCGCGCUCGUAAGUCGUUGGAUGACUUAUGGCAAAUGUUGGUGAAGAUGAGCUUGAAUGGAUUGAAAGAGUGAAAUCAGGAGGGAAUGUUCCAUUUCUUGAUGCAAAUGCUGACCAUUCAAAUUGUUGGGGUUCUCCCCAUGGGGACAAGUUCCUGGUGAGAGGUCCAGAGUAUUUUUCAACUAAGGUGAAAGUUCCUGCAGGCGAAACGCUUCUAAAGCCUCUCGGUUUCGACUGGAUAAGGAGUUCUGCAAAGAUUGGAGGGAUAUUGAACCAUCCAAACAGUCGUAUUCAGAAGGCUAUUAAGGAUUCAUUUCCUACAGGUCCAAGGCCUUUCAUCUGGGCAUUUAAUCUACAACUUCCAAGCAAAGAGAAUUACAACAUUGUUUCUUACUUUGCAUCGACAGAGCCCAUUACCAAAGGCUCCUUGAUCGACCAGUUCCUUAAAGGUGACGACCACUUCAGAAACUCGAGGCUUAAAAUGAUUGCUGAUAUUAUAAAAGGCCCUUGGAUUGUCAAAAAGGCUGUUGGGGAGCAAGCGAUCUGCGUGGUCGGGCGUAUGCUUUCGUGUAAAUACGUCGUAGGUGACAACUUUUUUGAAGUCGACAUCGACAUUGGAUCGAAUAUUGUGGCGCAGGCCAUGUUUCAUUUGGUGUUUGGUUACUUCACAGCCAUGACAGCUGAUGUAGCGUUUCUGAUUGAAGGUCAAACAAAAUGUGAGCUUCCUGAACGACUUCUCGGGUGUUUUAGAUUCUCUGAUCUGAAUCCUGCUUCAGCUAUGCCAAUGGAGGUAUCUAUUUCCUUGGAGAGUGAUGCUACCAGUCUGCAGUCUUCUAUGGCUACAGGGCUGUGGAAGUCAGUUGGGUAAGGUAUUUCUAACUUACUCAUUGAUUAUUGAUUAAGAUUUGUUGAGGUUAAAUGUAUAUUUUAAUACUUAAUGCUCCUGUCAUUUAUCCUGAUGUUUCUCUUUGUUAGAACUUGUACUUAAUUUGAAAUCAGCUAUAUUUAUCAUGUGUUUAUUUUUUUUGUGGUCAAA